AUGUCCGAGGAGUGCGCGUGUUCCGUCCUAGCGUUCGCCGUCGUGCUCUCAUGGAGCUCCGGCGCCGGGCCGUUGGUGGUGUUCGUCACCGACCACUUUAGCGUGGACGCCUUCGACGCAGACAGGGUCGCCGGGGUGCGGCGGAGGUGGCUCUUCUUCCCCGACAGCAUCCAUGCGCCCAAGCUCUUCCUCCACCUCCCUGAGCUGGCGGCCUCCGUCCACGACGAGUUCCACGACCUGACCGACCCACUGCGACUGCCAGGGUGCUUGCCCAUCCCGGGGCCUGACGUCAUCCCACCGCUCCAGGUCAGGUCGAGCCCCGCCGACAGCCUAAUGGUCUGCGUCACUGGACGCUUCCUCGCCACUAACACCAUCCUCAUCAACUCCUUCCAGGCCAUUGAGCCAGAGGUCGCCAUGGCACUUCAGCAGCCCAGGCUCGGGCGGCCGCCGAUGUACCCUAUCGGCCCACUGAUCCUGGCAAACAACGGCGGCGGCGGCUGA